AAUUAUUAAAAAUUGUUGGAUGAAAUCACAAACAAUAAGCAAAGCAGCAAUCCAGCACCAUUUCACAUUCUUCAUCUUCACUCCACCACUCUCCUACUUUCUCUCUCUAGACACACUGUUUUUCCUCCUCUCUCUGUAUUCGCAUAGUUAGAGAGAGAGAAGCUGGAAGAGAGAUAUAUAUAUAUAUAGAAGCAUAUAGGUGGAGUAUACGUACACAACUCCAUUUUUGCGGAGUAAAGCGAAAACCUAAGCCCCAUUUUUUUUUUUAGUUCUUUUAAACUUCUGCAAAACCCCACCCAAACCCUUGCAUUUUGAGAUUGAUUUCCUGAGGGGUUUUGUGGAUAGUUGGUCUUGUAUACGAUGAUCGGGUUCGAGAAUUGAAGAUCUCCGCAUUGGCAUUGUUGGGGCUGUUUCUGGCUGCACAUUGUAUGUUUGGUUCUGAAACUAGCUAAAUUAUCGUAUAUAUAGAGAUACAGGGGGAUGGGAGUGCAUUGAUGAAAAAGGACCAAAAAAAUAGUGCCUUUCUGUAGUGUUGCAAAGAUGAAAUCAGACUCCACUCUAGACUAUGCUGAAUUUCAGCUUUCACCGAAGCACUCACGAUGCGAAUUGUUCGUCUCCAGUGGUGGUAGCACAGAGAAAUUAGCAUCAGGGUUGCUUAAACCAUUUGUUGCACAUUUACAGAUUGCAGAGGAACGAGUUGCCUCUGCUUCGCUGUCAGUCAAGCUUGAAGUUGGGAAAAAUAAAAAUGCUGAAACAUGGUUCACAAAGGGAACACUUGAGAGGUUUGUACGGUUUGUAAGUACUCCUGAAGUUUUAGAACUGGUCAGUACUUUAGAUGCGGAGAUGUCGCAGUUGGAAGCAGCUCGUAGGAUAUAUUCGCAGGGAGCUGGAGAUCAACUUUCUGGUGGAGGUGGAUCUGGGGCGACAGCUGCAGAUGAUGCGACGAAGAAGGAGCUUCUGAGGGCUAUUGAUGUAAGGCUUGUUGCAGUGCGGCAGGACCUAUCUACCGCCUGUGCCCGUGCUGCUGCUGCUGGUUUCAAUGCGGACACUGUCUCGGAACUUCAAAUGUUUGCAGAUAGGUUUGGUGCUCAUCGUCUAAACGAAGCGUGCAGCAAGUUCAUCUCGUUAAGCGAGAGGGGGCCCGAACUCAUCCACCCACGGAAAUCAGGACAUGAGGAUCGGGCCGUCCGUUCCUCAUACGGGUCGGACAUGUCCAUCGAUGACGACCCGACAUCUCCACCGCCCGACCCGGAAACCGCUACGUAUCAGCAGCCCAACCCUCCACCUGUUACAUUUCCCUUACGUCGUACUUUCAGCAGAGAAUCAAGUGUUGACAGGGAAGAUGGAAACAAGACAAAUGACACCGUUCCAGAAAAAGAUAGGAAAGAUGAAAGCUCAAGUCCUGAUCAGAGUGUGCCCAUUUCAGCCAGUCAGCCUGCAAGGCGGCUCAGUGUUCAGGACAGGAUAAGUAUGUUUGAGAACAAACAGAAGGAUACGUCCGGAGGGAAGCCCGUUGUAGUGAAGGCUGUUGAGCUGCGUAGGAUGUCCUCUGACUUGUCUUCGUCAAGCACGGUUGUAGAGAAGGGAGUUUUGAGGAGAUGGAGUGGAGCUAGUGAUAUGAGCAUUGACUUGAGUGCUGAGAAGAAGGAUACUGAAAGCCCAUCAUGCACACCAACCUCUGCAGUGGUUUCUCAGGACAAAAAGGUUUUGAGAUUAAAUGACGAUAAUGCAGAGAUUUCUUCUGUUUCUAAGCCAGAGAUCAAAGUUAUUCCUGGUUUGGUUCGGGGUAGUGAUAGCAGAUUGAAAGGGAUUUCUUUUAAUAAUUCUGAACAGUAUUUUGAGUCUACUAAGUCUAAUUCUAAUCUGGGUCUUGGUGAAAGUGAUGGUUUGGAAGAUGCAGUGCGUGGGAAGUCUCGGUCAAGCCCUUCUAUAAGUGGGGGUGAGGAUCAAGAAAGUCCAAAAGAGAAUUUCAAAACUUUAACUGGUGGUAAAAAAUCAGGCUCAGUUGGGUUUGGGAAUCAAGGGAGAUCGACUGGUGAAGAGCUUAUUGGCCUUGGAUCCCAGAAAAAGAUUACUGGUGGCAAUGAUCCCACUCAGAUUAGGCCUUUUUUACGCAAGGGUGAUGAGCAGUUGGAAAUUCCAAAUCAAAAGGAAGAUUCUGAACCAAAGAACGAGUCUGUUAAGAAAAUUCCAUUGAAAGCUUCCCAGAGGAGUGCAGUAGAGUUGGGGGUACUUGAAGGUGGUCCUGGUUCAAGAAUUAGAAAGGCUUUUGCUUCCCGUUACAAAGGGAUUGAAGGCGAUUCUCCAUCUGUUCAGCCAGAGGCAAGAUCUGUUGGGGAAGCAGAAGUAGCUCAAAAGAAAGAAUCCUACUCGUCUGAGAAGGUAUCCAGUACUUCUGUAUCAAGUGUGGAGGCAAGAGCUGCUGGGGAAACUGAAUUUGCUGGAGAGAAAGGAUCCCGCACGAUUGAGAAGGUAUCCAGUACUUCUAUAUCAAGCUUUGAAGAUUCUGUACCUCGGAGUCUGAAAUUCAAUAAACGAGGUUUGUCAACUGAACUGAGUAAAAAGGCACGAGUUCAACGAGAUGAGCACAGUUCUAGUGGAAACAUCAGCAGGACACAAUUUUCUGGUAAAGUCAUAAUAGAGACUCAGGAAGGUUCUGAUUCUUUUUCAACACCACCUCCAGAACAAGCUCAAAGAAUAAGGCAAUCAAAGGGAAAUCAAGAACUUAACGACGAGUUAAAGGUGAAAGCAAGUGAGCUUGAAAAACUCUUCGCUGAGCAUAAAUCGCGAGGCCCGGGAGAUCAAUCGAACCCUGCCCGUAAAGGCAGAUCAGGAGACACACAACCUGAACUAUCAAGUAGUUUAUACUACACAAAACCAGUAGCAGAUAUUUCUUCUCAGUUGGCCAACAGUUACCAGCCAACUGAACCUAUUACGUUUUCAAAGACCCCAACCAAAUUCGAUGUUGGCUCUCCAGUGAAAACAAUUGAUAGUCAGUACUAUGGUGAUGCUAUAAAUAAGUUCUCCGAGCUUAGUGUUUCAGAAGGUUCUCGAGGGGAAUUCUAUAAUAGUUAUAUGCAAAAAAGGGAUGCAAAGCUGAGGGAAGAUUGGAUUUCCAACAGGGCAGAGAAAGAAGCCAGGUUGAAAUCCAUGCAGGAUAGCCUUGAGAGGAAUCGAUCUGAGAUGAAGGCAAAAAUUUCGGGAUCUGCAGACAGACAAGAUUCGGUAUCAAGUGCUCAUCGACGUGCUGAGAGACUCAGAUCAUACAAUAGCAGGUCAUUUAUGAAAAGGGAGCAGCAACAUUUAGAUUUUGGGGAUAGUGAGAAUGAUGAGGAAGCAUCGGAGUUUUCAGAGCAGAAUCAUCUUCGUGAGAGUAGGGCUUUAGAUGAAACCUCUUUUAGGGAUGGUGUUUCUAGGGGUACACAGGGAAAGAAGCAUCUACCCAGUAAUAAAAAUUUAGCAUCAUCUACUCCUCGUACCUCAUCAGCUCCUGUUCCGAAGUCCGCUAGCAAAAUUCCGACCAUCAAUUCUGGGAAACGAAGAAUGCAGCCGGAAAAUCCACUUGGCCAAUCUGUCCCAAACUUUUCUGACUUAAGAAAAGAAAAUACAAAACCUUCUUCUGGAGCCGGUAGAACUACUCGUUCUCAAAUAAGAAACUAUUCCCGUAGCAAUAGCACAAGUAAUGAAGCAGCCUUUGUCAGGGAAGAUAAGUCACGCCUGUCACAGUCACUGAGGAAAAGCUCUGCAAAUCCAAGUGAAUUCGGGGAAAUGUACCCUCUUGACUCUGAUGGUGUUGUUUUGACACCAACAAAAUUUGACGAGGAAAUUCAGAAAAAUGUCGUGACCAAGCCUUUUCUUAAAAAGGGUAGCCGCAACAGCUUUAUUGCUCGAACUAGCGCAAGGGAGAAGGCCUCUGUGGGAUCCGAGUUUAUAAAAAAUGAAGAAGAAAAUAGUAACAUGGAAACUGAACCUGACGAGUUCACGAGUACAGGUAAAGAUGAAGGCGUGGAAGAAUUUGAGACCUUUAACACUGAUAUGGAAACUGAUUUCGACAAUGGCCACCCAAGAGAGGGGAUGGAGUCAGAAAAAAAUGUAAAUUCAGAAUCAGAAAAUGGUGACGGUACUCUAACAUUUUCUCUGGUGGACCAGGCUUUGGGUUCUCAUUUGCCUAUUGAAUCUGUGCAAGAUUGGCCAGAGGAAAGUCCCGUCUCAUGGAAUUCGCACACACAGCAUCCCUUUUCUUAUGCCCACGAGAUGUCUGAUGUUGAUGCUUCUGUGGACUCCCCUGUAGGAAGUCCUGCCUCAUGGAACUCCCAUUCUUUAAAUCAAAUAGAGAUUGAUGCUGCUCGAAUGAGGAAGAAAUGGGGAACUGCACAAAAGCCCAUGGUGGCACAUUCAUCCAAUAAUUUAUCUCGCAAAGAUAGGACUACGGGGUUCAAACGGUUGCUCAAGUUUGGACGAAAAAGCCGCGGCUCAGAGAGUUUGGUUGACUGGAUCUCUGCUACUACAUCUGAAGGAGAUGAUGACACUGAGGAUGGACGGGAUCCUGCUAAUCGGUCUUCUGAAGAUCUGAGGAAGUCAAGAAUGGGAUUUUCUCAUGCCCAACCUUCCUAUGAUAACUUCAACGAGAGCGAGUUUUUCAACGAAUCUGUUCAAUCUUCACAAAAUUCUAUCCUAGUACCUCCAGACAACUUUAAACUGAGGGAGGAUCACAUGUCUGGGAGCUCAAUUAAAGCACCAAGAUCAUUUUUCUCGUUAUCCUCGUUCCGAAGCAAGGGAAGCAGCGACACAAGGCCUAGGUAAUAUUUAUUCUCUACAGAAGCUGCUCCACACCACAAAGUAAGUUUGCCUCCUCGAACACAGCAUUUUGAAUAUGAAAGCAGAGUUGAUGAUAUCGUACAUAAAUAUUAUUAUGGUAUUGAUUGCAUAUGUUGAUUGAUAUAAGUGGGAGGGCUCAAGAGUUAUUUAUUGUAGAUUUAAAAUGUAUGUUGUAUAUUGUAAUGAGUUUAUCGUUCCAAAUUGGUGGAACAACAAUCUGAUUUUUUGGUAGCUAUAUCAUUUUCUUGGAAAUGUGAAGCCCGUUUCACGAUUCUCGUAGUUCGAC